AUGAAGUUCACCACCGUUCUCGUCGCUGCCUUUGCCGGCCUCGCCGUGGCCACCCCCGUCGGCAACGAGGAGGGCCUUGACAAAAGAUAUACCGACUUCAACGGCUGCAUGACGACUUGCAACACGCCCACCUGCGCCAUCAAGAACUGCUACCAGUGGUGCUUCAAGGUCUGCUGCGGCCAGUACCCUGGACACGCCGGCUGCUAA